AUGAACGCGGAUCUGGCGACCAACGCGCAGCUUGUGCCCGAGGCAAGAACCAUGCCGCCGAUGCAAAAGCCGAAGACCCUCAAUGAGUUGGGUCACAUUGUGUAUCAGUACUUGGCGAAGCAUACAAAGGGUGGCCCCAUGUCUUGGCGGGCUAUGGUUUCUGUCUGCGACCGCAUGCCAUUAGUCAUGAACCUCAUCACCAACCAUCUACUUGCUAUGGAUGAAGGUGACCCUAUGAAAGUUGCCGAGUGGAGCUGCAACUUCGAACUCGACACCUUCGAUAAAUCAGUUUCAAAGGAAGUCUGGCGCGAAGAGAUGCACCAGAAAAUAGGCGAAUUCUGCAGCCAACGAAAAGGCAACGAGCCGGGAAACGAUGUACUCAGGGACAAAUACGGCCUACCAUUUAUAUAUUACCCCCCACGGCCAAAAAGACCAGAGGAUGUCAAGUGGCUUUUGGCGCGUCGAAAGCGGGUCUACCGCUGCCAGGAAGUUGAGUGCGCGCUUUCACUCAUCACGUACACUGAAAAAGGUCUUCAACAACAUAUGAACAAGGAGCAUACAAAGCCGAGAGAAGGUCCUGUUGAAUCUGCUCAACAGAACCUCUCUUUGGCCGUCGGAGCAGAGCUUCAUGGCGGGGAACUGACUACCGGAGCUGCUACAAAUCUGGUGAUGCCUUCUUCAAAUGCGUCAGGCCCCUCAGUUCCAUACACCGUCGCACAGAACGGCACCGAUGUUGACAUAGGGCAUCGUUCUGGUCUCUCUACCAAUCCGGUAAAGCGGAAGCAGCCACAACAGAUAACAAGUCGGGGUGUUCGCGACGGGCGAAUCAGUCGUCCCUCAGCGAUAAACAGACGCCCUCUGCGAGAGAUACGUGCCAAAUCAUCCUCUAAAGAAUUUGAAGGAUAG